AUGUCUGGCGCUGAAGCGCUGGCCCUUAUCGGGAUCAUUUCGAGUACUCUCCAGCUUGUCAGUUUCAGCUCGCAGGUGCUGCGGCGGAUAAAGGACUACAAAGAUGACACCACAAGCCUGCCGAGGGAGUUUUGGACGUUACAAGAUCAACUACCCCUCAUUUCGCAUGCGCUGCACAUAACAUGGAAGCAGACCCAGGCAGACGAACUUGAGGAGGAGGCAUGCAAGGCGCUUGUUCCGGUUAUUAACGCCUGCCAUCAGGAGGUUCUCAAGUUGAAGGCGAUACUGGAGAAGGUGGCGCCCUCAGCGGGUGAUGCAGGAUGGAAGAGAAACUGGAAGGCCCUCACGAGUGUCUUCCACGACAAAGAUGUCGCAGCCGUGGCAGCGGGUCUGGCGCAGUUGCUGUCGGUUAUCAACCACUAUCACGGGGCGUAUACAGCCGCAACAGCCGGCUCGAUCUUGCAGAAGUUGAGCGCUAUGGCAGAGACGCCCAAGAAAGUCGAAGUCGAGGUUGAAGUGCACGUCAAGCAUUUCAUUGCUCCUACUGUCUGGACGGACGAUUUUGCUGGACGAAAGGAUACUAUAGCGUCGCUAGAAAAGUUGCUAGCAGGUGAAGAUAAACAUCGCCGAAUCUCUGUCAUUGGGCUUGGUGGGGUGGGAAAGACUCGACUGCUGCUGCAAUAUGCGCAUCGGUUCAAGGACUCGGACACUCACUCGGUGUUCUGGAUCCACGCAAGUAGUAUGUCUCGAAUGAACAAGACGUGCGCCGAGAUAGCGAGGCUCGUAAAAAUCAAAGGAUGCGAGAACCCCUUGUCCAACAAGAUAGAGCUAGUGAAGGAUUAUCUUGAAAGUCCGAAGUCGGGCAAAUGGACGCUUUUACUAGACAACGCCGACGAUUAUGACCUGUUCUACGGAUCUGGCAAACUGUCGCAGUCAAUACCACGCUCGGAUAACGGCUCUAUACUUAUGUCAACUCGCGAUGGAAGGGUAGGAAUGGAAUUCGCGAAGAGAAACUCAAUUUUGCUCGGAGCACUGUCCCUCGAGGAGUCAAUUACAUUGCUUGAUACCCGCCUUGGCGUGGAAGACAAUACCUUCAACGAUCUCAAAGAGCUGAGCGAGGAACUCUGCGGCAUACCUCUCGCACUCGUUCAAGCGUCGUCAUUCAUAAAACAGAACUUCCUUUCUAUCCCUAGCUACCUAGAGAUCUACCGCUCAAGCGACAAAGAUAAGAUCGAGCUCCUCAGCGAAGACUUCGAUGACGACUACCGGGACGACGAAAUCCGCAACCCGAUAGCAACGACAUGGAGCCUGUCGUUUGAGUUCAUUCAAAAAAGGGACCCGCUAGCUGCCGAGAUCCUCUCUGUCAUGAGCAUGCUCGAUCCACAGGCGAUUCCGGGGUCUCUCAUUUACAACGAGAAUAGCACUCUUAAAUUCAGCAAAGCAAUGGGCACACUUCAGGCCUUUUCUCUUAUUACCUCACGCCUAGAUGGCCCGAUAUGGGACGGCCGGCGGGACAAGUCAUUUGACCUUCAUCGGCUUGUUAGGCUAGCUAUGCGGAGUUGGCUGGCUUAUCAUAACCGACUGGAGAUGUUCACGGCGAAGGCAUUAGGCAUUAUGGCGGAGCGAUACGUGCACAGCGACUGGGAUAGUAGGGCAAAAUGGGCGGCGUACCUUCCUCAUGCGGCUGUGCCUUUUCAAUCGGAUCACUUGAAAGCGAUUGAGGAUGUGGUUGAGACAAAGGUGUCGCAUAACGAGAAGGAUGGACGAUCAGUACACCCUCGAGGUCGCCGAGUCUACCUUUGUAGUUAA